AUGCCAAUAAGCCAAGGGGCUGUACAAAGUCUUGUCAACUUGGCGAUCCUGUUCACUCCGCUAUUCAGCUAUGGGCUCACCAGCUAUCAGAUCUAUCUCAAGAAAACCACCAGUGGGUUCAGCAUCGAUGUGUGCUUGAUAAUGCUCAUAUCUUCCAUCUGUAAAGUGAUCUACUAUAUGCUUGAACCCUACGAAAUCUCCUUGUUCCGCCAGGCUCUUAUCAUGAUCUUUAUCCAGGUGGUGCUUCUUAAAACCUGUUUGCGGUAUUUGGAAACCCCUGCCAAAUUGUAUGAUGCUGAAAAGAUUAUUCACCUGUCGUCAAGUCCGUUAGAAAUAGUAUUCAACCGCCUUAAAUACUUUGAUAACUUUUAUAAAAGGCCCUACAACUUCUGGCAGUGGUAUCAAGAUCAUAUUGUAUACUGGGAGUUCUUGGUGGGGUUUUCGUUGUCAUUAACAGUUUUGGCCCUUGUGUUCCAACUGUCCCUGGUGUUUAUAUCUACGAUUGGGUUCUUGGGAUUAUUUAGCGAGAGUUUGUUACCACUCCCCCAAAUCCUCUUGAUACACCGAAUGAAGUCUGUCAAGAACUUCAAAUGGAUUCUUCUACUUAGUUGGUUGGGAGGAGACUUUGUCAAAAUCAACUACCUCUUAUUUGGUACCAAUGAAGUGUCGAGUAUUUUCAUGCUGGCAGCGCUUUUCCAAACCGCAUUAGACGUUUUCAUAGUCAGUCAGUACUUCUACUACAAGAAUUUGGAGUCUUUAUUACCCCAAUAA